AUGUGUGAGAUGAAGCUGUGUGUUUGUCAGUCGUCAGCGUCUUCAGACGAGGAGGAGAGACUGUUCCUGAGCCACAUGCGUCCCAUGACCCCGCUGGUGCUGAACCCCGUCAGCGCCCCGUCCUCCUGGGACGGCUUCUCCGACCAAUCCCCCGUUACCAUGGAGAUGGAGACCAAUCAGAGACUCCCGACGCCGGAGGAGAGGAUGAGGCAGCAGGCCGAGGCCGUGGCCGCUGAUAUCGUCCCGAUCAACGUGACAGGGGAGAGUUUUGACCGUCAGGCCAGUUUCCGGAGAAGCCUCUCCAACACCGACUCCCUGACGCGGCAACCUCGCAAGAUAAACCGCCGCAAGACGGUGUCGGACCUACCGGCUGAUGUCCUGCCCAAGUCGCCGGUGUGUGUGGAUCUCCCCGGUCAGUUCUCCACCGUGGGCCGGGCCGCCUCCUCGGCCUGCACCUCCGCCAGGGCGCAGGUGGAGGACAGGGCAGACCUGAGAACGGACGGCCAGUCGAAGAGGAAGAUCCGAGCCCCAAAGGGAGAGGGGAUGUCCAGCCUCAUGGCCUCCCUGACCUCCUCUCCACAUCUCAGCGAGGACCCCAGAUCCUACGACUCCUGUCCGAGUCCCAACUCCUCCUGCGGAGCGCUCAGCCUCUCCCCGUCUCACUGCCAGGAUGUCCAGGGUUUCCCCAGCGACCUGCGGCCCCGGCUGCCCUUCGACCCGUCGGCCCGAGUCGUACCCCAGUCCCCGUCGUCCUCCCCCCCCUCGCCGCUGUUGGACUGGUCGCCCCCCUCCCCCCCAUCCCUCUGCUCCGAGUCUGAGUUCAGCUACCUGUCCCCCAUCGGCCCCCCCCAGGGCUCGGAGGACUGGCCCUGUGACCCCUCCCCCUGGUCCCUGGACCGGGACAGGAAGUCCAGCGUAUCCUCGUCCGGCUCCGUGGCCCGCCGGAUCUCCCUCCGGAAGUCCACGCAUCCCCCCCCUCCGCCGGCCCGCUCCGACUCCCUGAGGCGCCGGCCCGGGCGCAGCAGGACCUCCAGCCCCCGCCUGGACCGGACCCCCCUGGGGGGGCCCGUGCCGCCCCCGCCGGUCCCCCCGCCCCUGGAGGACCCCUGGGUGCCCCGGACCAGGGCCGUUGGGGCCAUUGGGAUCGUUGGGACCGUCACCACCUUCGAGCCUCUGCCCCCCCCGUUAAGCCCCGCCCCCCCCGGCAGCGCGGCCCUGAGGCUCGCCCUCAAGCACCCCCCCGACCCGGCCCCGGCCGGGCUCCGGCGCCUGGCCUCGCCCUCCAGCGGCUACUCCAGCCAGUCCAACACCCCGACCCCCGGCACGCCGGUGGCCUCGCCCCCCAACCCCUCCUCCCCCCUCACCGCCCCCCCCGGCAGAAACCGGCCCAAACCGCCCGUCCCGGAGAGGAAGUCCUCCCUCCUGUCCUCCCUGUCCUCCUCCUACUCCUCCACCUCCUCCCUCUCUUCCUACACCUCCUCCGACUCCGCCCGGCACCCGCCCCUCCCUCCUCCUCCCCCUCUUCCUCCAUCAUCUCCUCCUCUUCCUCCCUUUUCUUUCACCAAACAUCCUGUCGCACCAAACGCCACUCUUCUUCCUCCUCCGUCAUCUUCUCUUCCUCCUCCUCCUCUUCCUCCUCCUCUUCCUCCCUUUUCUUUCACCAAACAUCCUGUCGCACCAAAUGCCACUCUUCUUCCCUCUCCGUCAUCUUCUCUUCCUCCUUUUUCUUCUUCAUCUCCUGCUCCUCUUCCUCCUUUUUCUUCUCCAUCUCCUGCUCCUCUUUCUCCUUUUUCUUCUCCAUCUCCUGCUCCUCUUUCUCCUUUUUCUUCUCCAUCUCCUGCUCCUCUUUCUCCUUUUUCUUCCCCAUCUCCUGCUCCUCUUCCUCCUUUUUCUUCUCCAUCUCCUGCUCCUCUUUCUCCUUUUUCUUCCCCAUCUCCUGCUCCUCUUCCUCCUUUUUCUUCCCCAUCUCCUGCUCCUCUUCCCCCUUUUUCUUCUCCAUCUCUUGCUCCUCUUUCUCCUUUUUCUUCUCCAUCUCCUGCUCCUCUUCCUCCUUUUUCUUCUCCAUCCCCUGCUCCUCCUCUUCCUCCCCCCACGCGGACUCCUCCUCCGUACUCGUACGCGGUGAGGACGUCCUCCCGUCUUCCUCCCGCGUUCGCGGCGGCGCCCCCUCCCUCCUCCCCUCCUCCCCCCACCCCCCCGUCCCCCCUCUCCUCCUCAGAACUGUUAGAAGACAUGCCUGAUCUUCCUCCUCCUCCCCCUCCUCUUCCUCGCACCCCCUCCCCAUCAGGCCCGGCGGGGAAGGCGGCGUCGCCCCACAGCCUCCUGGUCACCACUCAGGCUCUGCAGCGCGUCAAGCUGCGGCCCGUUAAACCCCCCAGGGCCGCAUACGCGGCUCACGACGGUCCGCCUGCACCGGGUCACGUGACCGGGACGCUCCCCGAGCCCCCGCCUGGACCGGACCCCCUGGUGGGGGCCCGUCCCGCCAGCGAGUCCACCGAUACCAGUCCUGAGCGGCUACGAGGCCCUGGUACCCCGAGAGCUGCCGGGGUUCCUCUGAGCAGCGGGGAGGACUCGAACUCGGACCCGUGUCCCGCUCUGAGUCCCUGGGUGAAACUGGGCCACGGUACCGGCGGGUACCAACACCAGCAUCCCCCAGAACCGGAGGACCCACCGGUCGGGUCCGACGCCACCAAGGAAGUGCAGAUGAACGGCAGGAACCGAGCCCAGACUCAGGACCUCCCCGAAGCCAGAGCAGACGGAGAGUCGGUGUUGGCCGGCACCUGGAAGGUCCGAUCCCCGGAGAAGCCGGUUCCCCCCAAGAAACCCGAUCUUCAGAUCCUCGAUCUGAUGGCGUCCCCGAAGCUCCGGCGAGGCCCGGGUGGGAGCCCACCGCGCUCGCCGGCCGGGUCUCCUCAGCGCCAGAAACCACAGAUCCUGCACAGGAAGCCCGACCUGUCUCCAAAAACACACCGAUCGCUCAACCGGGUCGGCACCUUAGAACCCACGGGCCUCACGAGGACCAGACCCUCAGGUGAGACCACCUUGGAGGCCCUGGACCUGGACGGGCAUCGGGGUCCGGUUCUGACCUCGCGGACCGGAGCGGCCCCGGAGGAAGAGGACACGUCUCCCAGACGACCGUCGAGGUCGUCGCUGGCUGACGAUGAAGACGAGGAUGAGAGAGAAAGAGCGGAGGAGCGAGCGAGGAAGGCCACGAUGACCACGAUGACGAUGACAUCAUCCGGCAAAAAGGUCCAAGUGAGGAGGAGGAGGAGGAGGAAGAGGAGCCAGCUGGUGAUGAUGUCAUCCAAAAGUGAGCCCUCGCCCUCGUCGUCGUCGUCCUCCUCGUCUUCGUCGUCCAUCUCCUCCUCGGAGGAGGAGCGGGAGCCGGUGAGGGUCAAGAGGGAGAGGGCGAGGGCGGGCAGGGCGUUUCCUCAGGAGACCAGUGACUCGGACAGCUCCUGCGCUGUGAUUGGUCGGACUCGGAGCAGGCUCUCUCUCAGCAGCACGCCGUCCAGCGACAGCCUGCAGGGGGAGCCGGCGCUGCCGGACCUCCUGAUCCAGGAACCGGGAGAGGAAGGAGGGCCGAGGAGCAGCGAGGAGGAGACGGACGUCACCAGAACCUCCCACGGAGAUAGUCUGAGUCGAGGCGGGCCGCUGGUCGGUGUUUCAGCGGACCAGGUGUUGGUGUCGGGUCGACCCCGGACCACCGAGGACUUGUUCGCCGUCAUCCACAGGUCCAAGCGGAAGAUGCUGGGCAGAAAGGCUCCAGAGGAGGAGACACGCCGCCCCGCCCCCGCCGAGCCGCCCCUGCCCCGGACCCGGCCAGCACCCGAGGGCUCCGGGUCGAGGAGCGAGAGCUUCAAGGCUCUGCUGCUGAGGAAGGGCAGCCGAGCGGAUUCGUCCAGCCGGAUCUCGGCCGUGGAGCGGCUCCGCGUCCUCCCAGCUCCCUCCUCCGACCACCAGGGGGCGCCGUCUCCCCCGGCAACGCCGGACCAAUCCGACGACCGACCCGCGGCGUGUGACGUCAGCAGACACCAGAACCCGGACCUCGGGGGGAACCCCCCGUCCUCGUGCGGCCUCUCCCUGGUGUUUCACCCGAAGCAGCCGUAUCCUAGCAACCACCAGCUCCUCCUCUCCUCCUCCUCCCACUUCCUCUUCUUCUCCUCCUCCCACCACCGGCCUCGCUCCCUGACUCCGCCCUGCUCCGCCAGCCGCCGCUUCGCCGCUCAAUGCCGCCUCUUCACCGCGCCCAUGACGGCCAUCUUUGAAGGGGACGGCGAGGAGGAAGAGGAGGAGGAGGAGGAAGAGGAGGAAGAGGAGGAGAGGUUUGAGCCGGCCGGAGGCGGAGUCGGAGCGCGGCUGCGAUUGGUCGAGAUCUCUUGAUGGACGUGUUUGAAAGUUGUCAGCAUCAUAGACAUAAAAACGUAGACGCCCCAUAGAGCGCUGAGCCGUACGUCAACGUCGCCGCCAUAUUGGAUGUUCAAGACUGCGCUGUAAACUAAUACAAGUAAAUGGACUUAUUUUCAUAAAGCGCCUUUCUACAAAGAAAUGUACGUUUUACGUCUCAUUUAUUCA